AUGUCCCAGUUGGAUGCUAUCGAGAUACAAGUUCAAGUGAACUGGUAUCACUGUGUGGAAUGGGCGCAGUUUGGAAUCGUGAUAUACGAAUAUCUUAUCACGCUUGAUCUGGAGGUUGAACGUUUUUGGAAGCGCAAAACUAAGGGACCUGGAUCAGUACUCUUCUACAUCAACCGAUACUUGACUCUCUUAGGAAAUAUCGGGAUAAUUGUCUUAUUCAUGUCCCCUGAACUGGUAUUGCGCCACAAUAUCCCUUCGCACCCAUUUGGGUUUAUAUUCUCAUUUGAGAAGCGCUCUUCAUACUCAGAGUCCGUGCUUUAUAUGAUUCAAGCAAGGGGAACGGCUUCCCAGGUCCAAUUCUAUUUGGCAAAUUGGAAAGACACAUCUUAUAUCAACACAGUCUUCCCAAUAUCGGUAUUGUAUGAAGUAGGCACAGUACCGAACUUCACAACGGCACAAUUUCCCUCGCUUGUAAUGUCAAUGUACUGGGACAAAUUCUUCUUGCCUAUGCUGCUUGUCACAGAUAUCAUCUAUAUAUACACCGGAAUAUUUGUAUUUGACAUUUGUGUUGUUUCACUGACACUUUGGAAGACGUUGAAGAUUUAUAAAGAAGAGCAUUUUCCCGGGGGUGUAGGAAUCAUGAUUAUGCGAGAUGGCCUUUUAUAUUUUGCCAUCAUCACACUCUUCACUCUGGCAAACAUGGUGACCUAUUUGGUGGGCACAGAUAUUACAAAAUCUCUGCUGACAAUCUUGUCUAAUUCUAUGUCCGCUAUCAUGAUGUCGCGUCUAAUGCUUAACCUCCGAAGAGAAGAACCAAUUGAAACACUAGAUCAAUUCUCGAUAUCAGGAUUGUUGUUCUCAAACCGGCGGGAGUGGGUAGAUGAGUUCUGUUGA